UUUAAAAUUUCAGCAUGGAUUCCUCAAAGAUUUGUGCUCGCCAUCAUGGGUUUUUUUGCAAUUACGAAUGCAUUUACAAUGAGGUUAUGUCUGUCGGUGGCCAUUGUAUCAAUGGUAGGAAAUCGUGUUGGCAAUUCCAGUAAUUCUUCGGCACAAGUGGACCUCGACCCAAACUCGUGCCCCUACCCACCUGUCAUUGAAGGCGAAAAAAUAAUACCAGGAGAAUUUGAUUGGGACUCCGAGACAGUGGGCCUCAUCUUGGGCUCUUUUUACUGGGGUUAUAUAUUCACGCAUUUGCCGGGCGGCGUGCUUUCUGAGAAAUGGGGAGGGAAAUAUCUGCUGAGCAUCGGUAUCCUGAGUACCGCAUUUUUAACCCUGAUUUCCCCCUACGCGGCCAGGUUAGGUCCUGGUUGGUUCAUCGCCAUCAGAGUACUCAUGGGAAUGGGAGAAGGUACAACUUUCCCGGCAUUAAAUUCGCUACUGGCCCAAUGGAUUCCUGUUGAAGAACGAGGAUUCUGGGGUACUCUGGUUUUUUCUGGUGGACAAGUGGGAACCAUCGUUGGAAAUGCCCUUAGUGGCGUCUUGGUUGAAGCGUGGGGUUGGGAGAGCGCUUUCUAUUUCUUCGGAACCUGCGCCAUCGUUUGGUUCAUUAUCUUCACUCUUAUCUGCUACAGCAGACCUGACGAUCAUCCCUUUAUUAGCGAUAAGGAAUUAGAAUUCCUUCAUGAAAGACUUGGUGAUACUGUAACAAAGGAUCUUCCACCGAUUCCAUGGAAAUCCAUUAUUACGUCAGUACCCCUUUGGGGCCUUGUCGCAGCUCAGGUUGGCCACGAUUGGGGUUUCUUCACCCUGAUCACCGACCUGCCACUUUAUAUGAGUGACGUUUUGCAUUUCAGAAUAGCAAAGAAUGGACUUAUGACGUCUAUCCCCUAUAUUUUGAUGUGGAUCGUUGCUUUAUCGUCUGGAUAUCUUGCAGAUUGGCUUUUGAAGAAAAAAUAUGUUAGUGUCGUAAACGUUAGGAAAAUAUUCACCACCAUUGCGUCUUUCUUUCCUGCCGUUGGCUUGCUUGCUGCAUCUUACGCGGGAUGCAAUGAAACCGCCGUGAUGAUAAUUUUUACUCUUUUCGUUGGACUUAUGGGGACACUAAUCCCUGGCAUGAAGGUCAAUGCACUUGAUCUGAGUCCAAACUAUGCUGGCAUUUUGAUGGCAAUUAUCAACGGACUCGGCUCAUUGACAGGAAUCGCCACGCCAUAUGUGAUCGGCGUAAUUGCUAAGGACCACACUGCCCUGCAGUGGAGAACGGUUUUCUGGAUCGUGUUCGGUGUUAUGAAUGUGACCAACCUUAUUUAUGUGUUAACUGCCUCAGGAGAAGUUCAACCUUGGAAUUGGGGCGAAAACGGACGGCCUGUUGAGGAAGGUGAAAAAGAUGGUCAACGUAACGAGCCGAAGUCAUAUUGUAAUACACGUCUUUAAUAGACUGAAUUUAAUUGAUAGAAGCA